CUGGAGCCGGCCGGCCGGGCCCGGAGCCAGGGCCCAGUCCCCGCCAUGCCGGCCCGGCGGCUGUUGCUGCUGCUGCUGGCGCUGCUGUUGCCCGGCUCCAGGAUUUUUGGAAGUACCAGCACAGUGACACUGCCUGAAACCUUGUUGUUUGUGUCAACGCUGGAUGGAAGCUUGCAUGCUGUCAGCAAGAGGACAGGCUCCAUCAAGUGGACUUUAAAAGAAGACCCAGUCCUGCAGGUCCCGACGCACGUUGAAGAGCCUGCUUUCCUCCCAGAUCCCAAUGAUGGCAGCCUGUAUACACUUGGGGGCAAGAAUAAUGAAGGCCUAACGAAACUUCCCUUUACCAUCCCAGAGUUGGUACAGGCAUCCCCAUGCCGAAGUUCAGAUGGAAUCCUCUACAUGGGUAAAAAGCAGGACAUUUGGUAUGUCAUCGACCUCUUGACUGGUGAGAAGCAGCAGACUUUGUCAUCGGCCUUUGCAGAUAGUCUCUGCCCAUCAACCUCUCUUUUGUAUCUUGGACGGACAGAAUAUACCAUCACCAUGUAUGAUACCAAAACCCGUGAGCUCCGCUGGAAUGCCACCUACUUUGACUAUGCAGCCUCACUGCCCGAGGACGACAUGGACUACAAGAUGUCCCACUUUGUGUCCAAUGGUGAUGGACUCGUGGUGACUGUGGACAGCGAAUCUGGGGACGUCCUGUGGAUUCAAAACUAUGCCUCUCCAGUGGUGGCCUUCUAUGUCUGGCAGCGGGAGGGUCUGAGGAAGGUGAUGCACAUCAAUGUUGCUGUGGAGACCCUACGCUACCUGACCUUCAUGUCUGGGGAGGUGGGUCGCAUCACCAAGUGGAAGUACCCGUUCCCCAAAGAGACGGAGGCCAAGAGCAAACUGACGCCUACNCUGUAUGUUGGGAAGUACUCCACCAGCCUCUAUGCCUCUCCCUCCAUGGUGCAUGAGGGGGUCGCUGUUGUGCCUCGUGGCAGCACUCUUCCUUUGCUGGAAGGCCCCCAGACUGAUGGUGUCACCAUUGGGGACAAAGGGGAAUGUGUGAUCACACCCAGCACAGACCUCAAGUUUGACCCCGGACUCAAAGGGAAGAACAAGCUCAACUACUUGAGGAAUUACUGGCUCCUGAUAGGACACCAUGAAACCCCGCUGUCUGCAUCUACCAAGAUGCUGGAGAGGUUUCCCAACAAUCUACCCAAACAUCGGGAAAAUGUGAUUCCUGCUGAUUCUGAGAAAAAGAGUUUUGAAGACGUUAUCAACCUGGUGGAUCAAACAGAAAAUGCACCAACCACUGUGUCUCAGGAUGUGGAAGAGAAGUUGGCUCGUGCCCCUGCCAAGCCUGAGGCUCCUGUGGACUCCAUGCUCAAGGACAUGGCUACCAUCAUCCUAAGCACCUUCCUGCUGGUUGGCUGGGUAGCCUUCAUCAUCACCUACCCCCUGAGCAUGCAUCAGCAGCAGCAGCUCCAGAACCAGCAGUUCCAAAAGGAACUGGAGAAAAUCCAGCUCUUGCAGCAACAGCAGCUGCCCUUCCAUCCUCCUGGAGAAUUGACCCAGGACGUCGAGCUCCUGGACACAUCAGGCCCCUACUCAGAGAGUUCAGGCACCAGCAGCCCCAGCCCAUCCCCCAGGGCUUCGAACCACUCGCUGCACUCUGGCAGCUCUGUCUCCAAGGCUGGUGCCGGCCCCUUCCUGGAGCAGGAUGAGGAAGAUGAGGAAACCAGCAUGGUGAUUGUUGGGAAAAUUUCUUUCUGUCCCAAGGAUGUCCUGGGCCAUGGAGCUGAGGGCACAAUUGUGUACCGGGGCAUGUUUGACAACCGUGAUGUGGCCGUGAAGAGGAUCCUCCCUGAGUGUUUUAGCUUCGCAGACCGUGAGGUCCAGUUGUUGCGAGAAUCAGAUGAGCACCCGAAUGUCAUCCGUUAUUUCUGCACGGAGAGGGACCGGCAGUUCCAAUAUAUUGCCAUUGAGUUGUGUGCAGCCACCCUGCAGGAGUACGUAGAGCAGAAGGACUUUGCCCACCUUGGCCUAGAGCCCAUCACCUUGCUGCAGCAGACCACCUCAGGCCUGGCACACCUCCACUCCCUCAACAUUGUUCACAGAGAUCUGAAGCCCCACAACAUUCUCCUCUCCAUGCCCAAUGCACACGGCAGGAUCAAGGCCAUGAUCUCUGACUUUGGCCUCUGUAAGAAGCUGGCGGUGGGCAGGCAUAGCUUCAGUCGCCGUUCCGGGGUGCCUGGCACUGAAGGCUGGAUUGCCCCAGAGAUGCUGAGUGAAGACUGCAAGGAGAAUCCUACCUAUACAGUGGACAUCUUCUCUGCAGGCUGCGUCUUUUACUACGUCAUCUCUGAGGGCAGCCACCCCUUUGGCAAGUCCCUGCAGCGGCAGGCCAACAUCCUCUUGGGUGCCUACAGCCUUGAGUGCUUCCACCCAGAGAAGCAUGAAGACGUCAUUGCACGUGAGCUGAUAGAGAAAAUGAUCGCCAUGGAUCCCCAGCAGCGGCCCUCAGCGAAGCAUGUUCUGAAACACCCAUUCUUCUGGAGCCUGGAAAAGCAGCUGCAGUUCUUUCAGGACGUGAGUGACCGAAUAGAAAAGGAGUCCCUGGAUGGCCCGAUAGUGCGACAGUUAGAAAGAGGCGGGAGAGCCGUGGUGAAGAUGGACUGGCGGGAGAACAUCACUGUCCCCCUCCAGACAGAUCUGCGUAAAUUCAGAACCUACAAAGGUGGCUCCGUCAGAGAUCUCCUUCGAGCCAUGAGAAAUAAGAAACACCACUACCGGGAGCUCCCAGUGGAGGUGCGGGAGACGCUGGGCUCCCUUCCCGAUGACUUUGUGCGCUACUUCACCUCCCGCUUCCCCCACCUCCUCUCACACACCUACCGGGCCAUGGAGCUGUGCAGCCACGAGAGACUCUUCCAGCCCUACUACUUCCACGAGCCCCUGGAGCCCCAGCCCCCAGUGACUCCAGAUGCCCUCUGACCAGGGCAGUCCCUCCAUUCUGGUGACCCAGCUGUGACUGCAGACCUGGUCUCUGCAGUCCAGAGCUUGAUGCCUCCCAGCUUAGCAGGGAGACCAGGCUUCCCAAACCAAGUGCCUUGAGCUGCCCACUCUGCAGCCAGCAGACGAUAAUGUUGACCCCAAGAAGUGGGAGAGGUGGCCCUCAUGACCUAUAGGAAACUAGGAGGAUGCUGGCCCUGAAAGCUUUGUAGCCCAAGGAUGUCUGCAAAGGAGGCUGUGAAGGGAGCAUCGCGGACCCUCUGCUGGUUGAACUCACUUCAGCUUGUCUCUUUUUAUAAUUCCUAUUUGAUGUCAGCUGAGGGCCUUUCAGGAGGGGAGCAGAGGAAUUCUGUGUGGCCUGCAGGCUGAGACCAGCUAGGCUGGGAUGCAGGAAGUGCAGCCUCUGCUAGAGUGGGCUGGAGAGGUGAGGAGUGCUGAGGAGGAGGACGUUUGGAGAUGUUCUCCUGGGGAGAAGGAACCUCAUCACAGAUGUACCCAGAGGCUCCUUGGCUACUGGUAGCAGUGUUUCCCCAGGGAGCAAAGCCGUGAGCAUGGGGCGUAAAGUUAGGGACGGCUCAGCCAUGCACGUGGGCAGCUGAGGUGUAUCUAGUCUCUGGAAAUGAAGAGGACACUCUGUUCUGGAGGCUGCAGUUGGCAGCGUACCAGGGCCUGAAUGGAGGCCCUGUGGUGGAUUGUGUCCUGGGCCAUUUGGGGCCAGAGGGGAAGAGUUCCCUAGCCAUCAAGGAGGGCAGCUAACACCAGACAGGGACAGGCCCUCAGGAGCAGAGGGGAGCCACUGAAUGGGAGCCUCCUGGCUAUGCAGAGAAGACCUUGAGCCAGCUUGUGAGCAAUAAGUCCCCUCUGUCCCCGAGACCAGCAGAUCAGGAUGCACGUGGUGAGUGAGAGCCUGUGGGCUGGGAGCCAAGGCCAGGGUCAUGUGGGCUUUGUGGGCCAGCUUUCUAUUUCUCCUGGCAAAUCUUAAUCUAUUUUGAUCAUACUGUAGAAUGCUAUAUUAGCAUAAGUAAGCGAAACUUAACUUGAAACUUACUCAUGAGGAAGAAAUGCAAGAUAUCUUCUAUUUUGUGUGGUACCAAAAAUCAUCAUCCUCUUGAGAGUGUUCCCAUGUAGACCAUUAUUCUGCAAUGCUGAAGAGCAAAACAUUCUAGUAACACUAUGUAAAUGUACUAAUGUCAAAGUAAUGUUCCCUAAAUUAUGUCAGUACCUUUUUUCCCCUAAAAUCAAUCAAUAUUCAUUUCUAACUUUAGUUUCAGUUAACAACUUCUGUCUUUUCCCUCCCGAGAGCUUAGAGGUUAUGGUGCAGUCAGGGUCCGCAGGGGGGGCGGGUAAUGUUCUGUGGGAACUUCCUGUAGCUCCUGGUCUGCUGAGUGUCUAGCCAGUCUGCAUGAGAGCAGCACUGUCAGCUUCACGCAGCCACAGGGUGCUGCUUCCCGUGAGAGGUUUUCUGCUUGUGUUCACAUCAGGUCGCUUACCCAAAGUUUAUUCUGACUUUCUAUUCAGUUCCUUGCUUUCUUAAUGACUAAAGUGGCCUUUUUCUUAAUGUAACCCUACAUCUUUAACCUCAUGGAGAACCCGCUCAUGACCUUAGAGCCUGAGCACUCUGAUUGGCUCCCUGGUGUCUCCUGUCACAUGGUCAGGAACACAGCUGGCUCUGUCCCCUAUACCUGGUCUGCCUUCACAGUGCUCUCUGUAGACUUGUACAGGUCUCUUUGCUAGUGAGUCCAAGAGGUGACAGCCCGAAAAAGCAUCAGGCUAUUCAGCUUUUUAGAAGUCUGCUGUCUUCACCUUUAAGACAGAAUUGAGUUGCACCACACGUGAUCUAAUAGGACUCCCUGCUUCUGAGGCUGCUGCUCCCCUCCUUCUCCUGGCUGGUUUUCCCUUCGGGAAGUACCUAGGCAGCUUCUUGUGGCCCUCUGUGGUGUCAUCUCCCUGUUUUAGCCCAACUUACUGAGAGACAGCUUUUUCAGAUGCCUUUUCCACUCACCAGAUAGAUGAUCUGCUAACCACCCAAAUUCCUCAAACCCUUUACCCAGCACAUUUUAUUUUAGCACUUACUGCGUUGCACUGGGCAGGACACAGGUGCCAAAGAAAGAGAUGGGCCAGAUAGGCACAGCCCGCCUUCCCAGAGCUGCUAGUGAGAGUCACCCACAAAGACAUCAGUGCUACGAAGAAACCCCAGCAGUGGGGAAGGGUGUGCGUUUGGGGUUUGUACCUCUGCCUUAAAAUUGCCCCCAUCCCAGAGUCCAUGGGCUCUGGCCAGGUCACCAUCCCUCUGUUCUCUCUCCUCAUCUCUAGGGACUCAGGCACUUGUUUUGAAAACACCUGGGCAUCAUCUAGUGAAUCCAGUUUGAGUCUAGAAUUCCAGUUUCCCAUUUUGCUCAGCACUGAGGGGAACAGCUCUGCAGCACUGCACGCCUUUAGGCCAAGUCAUGAGGCCUCUGUGAUUCCCAGAAGGCUAUUCAGCUUUUUAGAAGUCUGCUGUCUUCACCUUUAAGACAGAAUUGAGUUGCAUCUGUUAGGAAUCAGAGGACCCUGUAUUUCAUUUAAAUCUGUCUUGAACUGUGUGUGAAGCCUCUCUUGCCCAUGAGCCACGUUUCUCUUGCUGCUUCUUAAGUCUUUUGUCUCAGUUUUUGAAGAGCACCACGUGUCCAUCAUUAGGCACCAAAGCAUUGGCACUUUGAGGAAUGCUGUUAUCACUCAGCAUGUCACCAGGGCAUCUGGUGGCUGAAGGUGAAACCCACAUGCAAAUGUCCUGCUCUUACUGCAGCAGCUGCCACAGGCUCUUCAUGGAGACAGCACUGGACAGUUACAGACCCAUAUUGGGUUGGAGGUCUGCAGGGCAGGGGGUCCAGGGAAGUGCUUUCUUUCCACCAACCCUGGAGGAUUGGUUCUUGUCAGGGUUGACCUGAGCCUGUGGAGGGGCGUUGUGUGAAUGUGAUUCAUUAUGGAUGGCAGGUCUUUCUUGCCCCAGUAGAACAGUAACUGGCUGUUGAGGUGAACUUCACGUAGAAGCAGCCCCUCGGGUUGCUGGGCCCUCCCCUCCUGGCUGCUUUCUUUUCAGCAGCUGGGCUUUGGCCAGGUGUGGUUUUGCCCACUGUUCAUCCUCCCUCCAUUCAUUAGAUCCUUGUCUGUCUGCUCCUUGUUCAUUUCCUUCAGUCAAUCAUUGGUUAGAAGGUGCUAGAAGAGCCAGCACAGUAGCCCUUCUUUUUGAUCUUUGGUUUCUGAAACCACGCUUCUCUUGCUCAUCCCUCCACAUCCGGGAGCAAUGGUGUCAGUUGGGUGUUCCUGGCAGAAGGUCCUGGGCCUCUGUGCAGGAAGCUCACAUUCCCCCAAGUCGGGCCAUUAUCUUGUCAGCCAAAGUAUCUGUCUCUUCUUAUUCUUUGUUUUCUUUAUAAAAUAGUGAUUAGCCUGUGAGUAACUCUGGUUCUAGUUUUAUGUGUAGACAUCUAAGUCCUUUCUGUAUUCAUUGGAAAGCCACAAAAGACACCUCUGUGACUGGGGAGACGGCUCAGUGGUAGCACGCUUGCCUUGCAUGCAAAAUGGCCCUGAGUGUCAUCCCCAGCCCACAAAAAUAAACAAAGGACGCAUCUGCCAUGAGCCUCCCCCUGGAGCAGCCUUAACCAACACUGCCAGCCAAAGUUCCCACCUGGGCCUCUCCUGCUCUCCAUGUUGGUGGGUACAGUAUUCCUUCCCAGUGUCCCUAAAGCUGUGACGGGGGAGUCCCCACUCACCUAAGCAUUACUGGUCAACUAUGCGGCAUUCUCACAUGCAAACGUUGUGUAGUGUUCUUUUUGCAAUGACCUAUUUAUUGAACCUAUUUAUAUUUAUUUAAUUUUUACUCUGAAGUAUAUCCAGUCAUGGUUGCACUUGCUUAGAGCACAUCAUCUGUUUGGACAGUGCCCCUGACCAAUUCAAAACUGGAAAAGGAAGAGUCCUACUUAUCCUUCCACGGAUGGAUGCCUUACAGUAGUCUUGUCUUUAAAGGGUGAAUAAUUUGGUCGGGGUAAGAUGUUAAUUUUUAGGUGAUUUUUUUUUUUAAAUCUGUGCCACCAUGUCUUCUCUGUGGAUGGUUUAAUGUUUGGUAUGUGUUAAUUGUGUGGUACAAUCCUUUUUGUGGAAUCUUAAAAUUUUUUUAGCUUUAUAUUUUAUAAAAUGCCAGAUUGUACAACUUUUAAGUGUAUUUUUAAAGCUUGAUGAUCUGAGGGUCAUUAUCUGAGUUAACGGCCUAUUUUCGUACCUCUUGUACAGUUUUAUAAUCUGCUGAUUGAUGAUGGCAUCUUACGUCAAGCCAACAACAAAUAAAGGUAGUUUUAGAUUUGGGA